GAACCAUCCCCAAAGACAACUCAUCAGACAUGAAAGGGACUGGUCAGCGGGUGGGAGAGAGAUGCUGAUGAAGAGUGAGCUAAUUAUAUCAGGUGGUCACUUGAGAUUGUGUUGGCAACUCUUGUCUGGAGGGGGGAUUGGAGGAUAGAGAGAGAGGGAAGCUGGCAAAAUUGUCACGAAAGGAGAGACUGAAAGGGCUGACUCAAUAGGGGGAGAGCAAGUGGGAGUACAGAGUAAGAUAUAUGUAAACUUAUAUGUGACAGACUGGAUUUGUAAAUGUUCACUUGAAGCUUAAUAAAAGUUAAUAAAAAAAUAGCUAAAUUCCAUUAAACAACUCGGAGUCCUUUUUGUUAUUAGGUGCCUAGUAAAUAUUAAUAGAAGCUUUUGCUACAUUUUUUAUGCCUUCAGAUUUUCUACUUUGCCAAUAGAAAAUAUCAGAACUUUAUAACCUGGCUUUUAUGGCCUUCAGCUAUGAUGGCAACUUACUUUUCCAACUUUUGUAGCACAACUUUUGAGUCUGACUAGAGGGUUCAUAUUGAUAUAUUUUCCUGAUAUAGCAUGUGCCUUAUCAUCACCAUGAAACCUUUUGUUUCAUUUUUUCUUAUCUAAAUGCCCUCCUUCCUUUGAUUUUUAUCCCCAACUUUUCACUACCAAGGCCCCUAUUUUGUUUUUACUUUCCUCUCAUUAUGGGUCCAUUGUAUUGAUGCUAUUACAUAAUUUUGAUUCAUUUUUCUCUUCUUAUUUAUUAAAGAUAUUUAGAACUCACAAUCCUAGGUUCUGAUCAUUAUAAGAAAACUACUGUCAUCCAGAGUGCUGAUAUGAUUUCAGCCGCUCAUCAAAGGAACUUAAUAUUUUAAUACAGUGGUACAGCUUUAUUAUGGGUAGAUAAAAAAUUUUAAUUAAUGUUUUUGAAAAAUUAAGAAUAUCUCUUUUAAAUCCAAUAGUGAUAAUCAUAAUGAAAAUAACCGCUCUUAUCUUGGGUACUGCGUACUCGCAUCUAAUAGUUAAGCAUCAAAUUUUUUAAUCUUCAUAGCAACGUUUAAGAGUAUAUUAUUUUAUUAUUUGUGUUUUACAGAUGAAGAAAGUAAAUCACAGAGAUAUCAAGGAACUUGUUAAGUGUCACACCUCUGAUGAAGAGUGAGGCAAGGUUUGAAACUAGGCAACGUGGCUUCAGACUCUAUGUAUUGAUCACUGUGCUGACAUAUCUCUCAGUUCUAAGCUUUGAAUGUUUGCAUCUGAUAGAACAUGGUUUGGAAUAUGGAUCUCUCCACUUAAAGUUAUAGCUUACUUCUUACAUAAUUUUGAGUUCUUCACUGCUCAAUCUAUCCUUGAAAAAAAUCUGUGCUUUUCUCUCUGUAUAUGGUUUCUUCUCUUCUAAUAUGUGUUGCAUAGUGCCUUACUUUAUUAGUGGUCGCCAAAUAAAGUUUUUAGAAGAAGUAUUCUGGGGAAUUCAGGAUAAAGAAGGAUAUAUAUGAGUAAAAACAAUACUUAAGUUAUUGGAAUAUUAGAAGUUAUAUGCAAGUCAAAUUCAUAGGUAGAGAAGUGCAAUAUUCUAUGUUGAAGCUAAGUUAAGGGGAUAAGUUCAAAAGAAAGAUAAAGAGUAGUUUCCCUCCAUUAUGCCAACCAAAAGCAUAGCUGUGGAUUGUAAAUAUGUGUUGUAAAUCCUAGCUUCUAUUCCUGUGGUUAUAAUCCCAUUUGCGCAUGAGUUGUCUUUGUUGUGUUAAUGAGACAGAAUUAGUGUUGGUUGUGUCUUGAGUCAAUCUUUUUUGAAAUAUAAAUAAACGAGAUUAAACAAGAAAGCUAGAAGCAGAGAUAGGGGAAGAAAGAUGCCAAGCCACAUGAUCACUCAGGAGCAGAAGUGCAAAGAGACAAGGACCUUCCUCUGAGCUGACUGAGAGAGAAAACCUUCUUCUAGGGCCAGCACCUUGAAUUCAGACUUCUAGCCCCCUAAACUGUGAUAAAAUCCAUUUCUGUUUGUUAAAGACACCCAUUUCUGGUAACUCUGUCAUAGCAGCACUAGAUAACUAAGACAUGCAUUAUCCAGCCAUUUGUUAUGUCAUGAACAUCAGUGAAGCUCGCAUCUUGACCAUGAGAGGCAUAGAUGAUAGGUUGUCAAAAUAGAUCCGUUUUAAAGCAUAUUCCACUCAAGAUUCUAAAUGGCCAGGGAUAGUAGACACAAAAAUGAGCCAACAGAACGGAAAAUAUGUUCUUUAAAAGAAAUUCUUCAGCAAUAUUAUUGCUCAGUUAUAUUUGAAUGUAUUUUUCAAAGCACGUAGAUAAGAUGCGUAAUGUAUGAAACGUAUAUACUUGUAUAUGUGUGAGUGUAGACCCUUCUUCAAAUUCUCAUGAUAACUCAGAAUAAGGUAGGGCAGAUAUUGGUACUUCAUUUUUCACAAGAAGACCAAGUUUCAAAGCAGUUAAGUCACUUGUCCAGGGAAAGACAAAACAAGUUCUGCAGUUCUCAAUCUUGGUAAAAAUCAAAGUUUCUGAAGGAUAUAUAUAUACAUACAUGUAUUUUACUUUAUUUGCAAAAUACAAAAGUGUUGGGCAAAUCAGUCAGUUUCAGAAUCAAUAGAUAAAUCUGGGAGAGGCCUGUGCAUCUGUAGAUUUACACAGAUUCCUGGGGAAUUUUGGUGCACACCAAAGGCAAUUGAAGAUAACAAAACAUGGAACAGAACAAACAAAUUCAGAGUUUAGCCAAAUGAUCUUCCCAAAAUAUCACUUUUUUCUUCUCUCUGCAGAUUAAACCUUUGUCAGCUUCAUCACACAUACAGCCACUGACAUGGCGAUGAAUAACAGUGUGACUGAAUUCAUUCUGUUUGGGUUGACGCAGGAUGCUGAACAGCAGAAAGCAAUAUCUGGGAUCUUCUUGAUUCCUUACCUUUUGACUCUGCUGGGGAACUCUCUCAUUGUGGUGAGUCCCAUGUACUUCUUCCUAUUCUACCUGUCCUUUGCUGAUGCCUGCUUUUCUACAACUACGGCAACCAAAUUGAUUAUGGAUGCUCUGUUUCAGGAGAAGACUAUUUCCUACCAUGAGUGCAUGACUCAGGUCUUUGCAGUCCAUUUCUUUGGGUGUAUGGAGAUAUUUGUGCUCAUCCUCAUGGCUUUUGAUCGCUAUGCGGCCAUUUGUAAACCUCUGCGAUACACAACCAUCAUGAGCAGGCGUGUCUGUGUCAUGCUGGUGAUUCUGGCCUGGGUGGGAUCUUGUAUCCAUUCUUCAGCACAGAUUUUCUUGGCUUUGAAAUUGCCCUUCUGUGGCCCCAAUGUGAUUGAUCACUAUUUCUGUGACUUGCAGCCCUUGUUGAAACUUGCCUGCAUGGACACUUAUGUGAUAAAUUUGCUAGUUGUUUCCAAUAGUGGGGCCAUAUGCAUGGUGAGUUUCAUGCUUUUGCUUAUAUCCUAUGUUGUCAUUUUAUACUCUCUGAGAAACCACAGUGCAGAAGGAAGGCAAAAAGCUCUUUCUACCUGUACCUCCCAUUUCAUUGUGGUUGUCAUAUUUUUUGGUCCAUGUACAUUCAUAGACACAUGCCCACCAACUACAUUUCCAGUGGACAAGAUGGUGGCUGUGUUUUAUACAAUUGGGACACCCUUGCUCAACCCUCUGAUCUAUACACUGAGGAAUGCAGAAGUGAAAAAUGCCAUGAAAAAGUUAUGGUGUAGCAAAUUAUGACUUCAGUUGAUAAAUAAAAAAAAAAAAAUGCAGAAGUGAAAAAUGCCAUGAAAAAGUUAUGGUGUAGCAAAUUAUGACUUCAGUUGAUAAAUAUGGUGUAUUUAAUUUACAAUUCCUCAACAUCUUAGUUUUUGGACAAGAAAGGUGAAAUACAUCUAACAGGAAAACAAUCCUAACGGGAAACAACAAUCAACAUACAUCAACGUGUUAUUGAUUCAUUGUGCACACAGUUAAUAUUCUGAGAGGAUUGUAUUACACUAUGAGUACUUAAAAGCUCACAACCACUGUGAACAACAUAUAAUGAUCCAUACUUGAAUUCUAUCAACAUCUGACCAUUUUUACUUGGUAAUUUCUUGUAGAAAUUUUUCUCCUGAGAGAAAUGCACUGUGUGUCAACCAAAUUCCUUUUAUAAUUUUUUUUCUAGUACCAUAUGAAUUUGGUCAACAUGAGCCAGUACGUAAGAAACUUGCAGAAUCCAGGUUGUCAUUUUGCCAGUAUGAGCAUUUGAUAGGAUGUUCCUAGAAGAUGAUACCUUGGACAUCUGUAGCUGAGCCUUCCUCACUGGGCAAUCCUACACUGAUACCACUAAGUCUCUCUUUCUGCCAGAUUUUUCUGAUCUCAGUCCCUGCAGCCACCAAUGUGGAGGACCAUAUGCUAGCUUGUCAGAAUAACACUCUCUAGAAGCACCCUUCCAGCACG